CAUUUCUGGGCGGGGCGAGCAGCUUGCAGAAUUUAAGGUAUUGCUUUGGAAAGGUAGACCUGGUUCCCAGUUCGGCUGUCCUCGCCACCGCGGCCGGCGCGCAGAGUCAUGGCCCAGCCGCCGCCCGACGUUGAGGAAGAUGAUUGUCUUUCUGAAUAUCACCACCUCUUCUGCCCGGAUCUUCUCCAGGACAAAGUGGCCUUUAUCACAGGUGGUGGUUCUGGGAUUGGCUUCCGGAUCGCUGAGAUUUUCAUGAGGCAUGGCUGCCACACUGUCAUCGCCAGCAGGAGUCUGCCAAGAGUGUCCAAGGCUGCUGAAAAGUUGGUUGCUGCCACCGGAAAGCGGUGCCUCCCUCUAUCUAUGGAUGUCCGCGUUCCCCCAGCUGUCAUGGCUGCAGUAGACCAGGCACUGAAAGAAUUUGGCAAAAUUGACAUCCUCAUUAACUGUGCAGCUGGGAACUUCCUGUGUCCUGCUAGUGCUUUGUCUUUCAACGCCUUUAAAACUGUGGUCGACAUUGACACCAUUGGCACCUUCAACGUGUCUCGUGUUCUUUAUGAGAAGUUCUUCAGGGACCACGGAGGAGUGAUCGUGAAUAUCACUGCCACGCUCAGCAUGCGUGGCCAGGCGCUACAGCUACACGCAGGCACCGCCAAGGCAGCUGUGGAUGCCAUGACCCGGCACAUGGCUGUAGAGUGGGGUCCCCACAAUAUCCGUGUCAACAGCCUGGCUCCUGGACCCAUCAGUGGCACUGAGGGGAUCCGGAGAUUAGGAGGCCCCCAGGCCAGUUUGAAAUUAAAGUAUCUUUCAAGCCCUCUGCAAAGACCUGGAAACAAGACUGAGAUCGCCCACAGUGUUCUGUACCUGGCCAGUCCUCUGUCCUCCUAUGUCACAGGGAUUAUGUUGGUGGUUGAUGGUGGCAGCUGGAUGACUUUCCCAAAUGACAUUAAGAAACUGGUAGAAUUUGAAACCUUCCCUGCUAAGCUCUAGAUAGGAUCUCACGUAACUCAGGCUAUCUUCAAACAUACUAUGUAGCUGAAGAUGAUCUUGAAUGUCUGAUUCUCUUGUUUCUACCUCCCAAGUGUUGAAAAUACAAGAGCCAUCACGCCAGUUUUUGCAGUGUUGAAGAUCACACCCAAGACUUCAUGCAUAUUAAACCAGCACUGAACCACCCAACUGAACUACAUCCUCCGCCCCAGGAUGGGUCUUUUGACACAUAAACAAACACUGUAUUUAAGAAAACGGUAUCCUGGAGGCAGUAUUCUUCAUGAGACAUGCCUUCUGCCCCACAGAUGAAUAGUUACACAGGAAAGGUUUAAUCUGAUUUGGAAAUCCCAGCCAGUUAGCCCUUUCUCUGGGGUCCAAGCUGUUUCCAUGUCCUGCUCUCCUUUGCCCACAUUCUAGGUGGGCGUAGCCAGGUUGUGAGUCUCUAGUCUGCUACUUGCCUAUGGUGUCUGAAAAGUUCCUAUGAUUUUGCCAGAAAAAAAAUGCAUUUUCUUUUAAAAAUUAAUAUUUUUCACUAUUAAAAAAUAUCUGUGACAUGAAAUCUGUUAAGUUUCUAGAGAGAAAAUUAAACCGAUUGCUUCUAUCACUGAAA